CUGGUAAAGGGUCAUUACAGACACGGCCAUAAGUCCCAAGCUAAAGUACCUCAGAGAAUGGCUGAUCUAGAAGGCUGCUUGCAAGCUGCGUUGGCUGAAUUCAAGGCUCAGUUUGGAGGAGAGAGUCCUAGUAUUGCAGUGUAUGCUCCUGGCCGCGUCAAUCUGAUAGGCGAGCAUACUGACUACAAUGAUGGCUUUGUCCUCCCCAUGGCGUUGCCAUUGGUUACUGUGAUUGUGGGUCGUCGUUCAUCAUCUAAAGAGUGUCGUCUUGUAUCGAAAGCUGUGAAUGACCUUUGCCCUCCGUUCCCUGUACCCGCGUACCCCCCUCCGGGGUUAGAAGAGGUCAAUCUCGAUGGACCACGCUGGGCACUAUACGUUAAGGGUGUAGUAGCACUCAUGAAUAAAGACGGUGGAGUGCCGGUAUUUGAUGCAGUCAUAACGAGCUGUGUACCCCUAGGAGGGGGUGUGUCCAGCUCUGCCUCUCUGGAGGUCGCCACUUGUCUCUUUGUUGAACAACUCAAAGGUGGGUGUGGUCUUGGGCUGGUAGACAAGGCAAUGCUGUGUCAGCAGAGUGAGCAUCGCUACGCUGGUAACAAGUGUGGUAUUAUGGACCAGUUUGUGUCAGUGAUGGCACAGGAAGGCCAUGCCCUCCUCAUUGAUUGCAGGGAUCAUGCAACUGAGAACAUUCCCUUGUCAGAUCCUAGUCUGGUUGUCAUGGUAACUGACACAGGGAAGCGUCAUGAGCUCAGUGUGGGAGGAGAGUACAACAAGCGCAGAGAGAGUUGCUAUUCUGCUGCUAGCAAGAUGGGCGUGGCAUCACUGAGACUAGCAAAGCUGGAGCAAUUAGAAGGUAGUGGACUGACUGAUGUGGAGCUGAGGAGGGCACGUCAUGUUAUCACUGAGAUAGCACGCACACAAGACGCUCGUGAUGCACUCAAGAAUGGUGACUAUAAAACCUUUGGACAUCUCAUGAACCAGAGCCAUGCAUCACUAAGGGAUGAUUACGAGGUGAGUUGCUCUGAGUUGGAUGAGUUGGUGGUGUUGGCUCAGACUGACUCUCGUGUGUAUGGAUCUCGUAUGACUGGUGGAGGGUUCGGUGGGUGCACCGUCACCCUACUACCCAGGGACAUUGUGGAGGAAACAAAGGAGAGAAUGAAGGCUGGUUACUCUGGGACACCAACAUUUUUUGUUGCCUCUGCCAGCCCUGGCGCAGGAGUCAUCACCCAGCGACUGAAUGAACUCUGUACCUAGCUAGCUAAAGUGACUGAGAGACUGUAUAUCUGUCAGCUAGUGUAUGUAGAUGCUGUUGAUAUUUUUGUAAUGUUUUUGUAUACAUCAAUCCCGAUUGUUCUUGAUGAUUCUAA